UCCUCCGUCCUCGUCACUACUGAUUGAGCAGACGAAACAUUGUACUCUCCGGCGUGUCCUUGGCAUCCAUCUGCUGUUGUUUCCGAAUAAAAAGUCGUCCGCUCAGCCCUUUCCGGCAUUGAGGGCCUCCAUCAGCUGUCGGCGAGUAGCCUCAUCCUGUAUCCGUCGAAUUAUACGAACCUCCAUCAGGACCCAUCACCGCUGAUCAAGCAAAGCGAGCAGGUCCGGCUUUGAGGGCCCGGUACCAUCGGGGUCAGCCACUGCAGACAACCUCAACAGUAGUCAAUAUCAGCCGGCAAAAGAAUCAUCUCCACCAUCGUGCUUCCGGAAAAAAAGUCAUCCGCUCAGCCCGGUUAUUAUCGGUCACUACAAGCAGCCGUAGAGUGGUACCAGCCUGACUCUGCAGGGUCUUCCCCUGUUCUACAUUACCAGCUUCAGCUACUGCGUGUCGAUAUUUGCGACCGGUGCACAUCUGCUAGUGAUUUUACAAUACCGGACUGAAAGUAUCACCAUACAAAAUGGAUCGACUUAAAAAAAAAAUUGGAUGGUGGAACCUACGCAAAACUCACAGGUAACUGUUAUUAAUUACCAUAUAAUUUCUACUGUUACAUGUGCCAGAAACCAUUACUUUCUGUUAUUCUAUUUGUUGGGGUAUUUUUCAAGAUUAUUCUAUUUUUAUUUUUUUACCUAUUUAAAACUUUUGAAAAUUUUUCGCACGAUUUACAUGUACACGUACGGUAUCUAGUUAGUGUACAAAAAUUCAUGUUAAACGGAUAUGGGAAGUUCUCAAAAUAGGCCCCUCUGCCCACGUGGUCCCAAACUCUGUUUUAUGUUCCAUAGAAUCAUAUACAUAUAGGGGUUAAGUUUUCCAAUGUUUUUUUAGUUAAAAUACGAAAGAAACUACUACUUCUAGCUACCGAAACAAGAAGAAUAAUGAUUUAGCUUUAGACCAAGUUAUUAGUGAAAGAGAUUAUCGAUGAAACGAAAUCGAUUCAGUUUGGCCCAAUGAAAAAUCAUUGCGAAGUUUAUUAUUUUACUUCGGCAAUUCUUGUGAGGAUUCCUUGUGUUGAGAAAUGCCAUUGCCAGUUUCUGGGAGAAUUUGUAUUGCAUUGUAAAUUUCAUUUUGAAUUUAUUCAUGUGCACUAGCGUGCGCAGGGUUCUUGCUUAGAGGGGGGCACUACAAUUAUGGUGCAAUAGGGUGCAAUAUAUAGUUAUGGUGCAAAAUAGAAUCAUAGUGUUACAUGCAAUAUGAAUUGGCUUCUUUAAUUGAAGCCUGGGAACCUAUUUAAAACCCAUUUUGAAGUUUGUAUGGGAACGAUUUGAUGAAUCACCCCUUGACGGAUUUUGUACUGGGAGGUGCUGUCAAACAUUUGCCCGUCUGUCAAAUGUUUGACAGCAAAAUUUCUUCAAAAUUGAUUUUAGGUAUCAAAAUGAAGUUCUAAAAAUCUGAAAAAAAUCACACUGGCUCGGAAAACGGUGCUCUUUCGUAUAAAAUUAUAAAAUCAAUAAGUUUUUCAAAAUUUAAAAACUCAAUUCACAAGAACAAGGUUUCAACAUGCUAUGGUGCUAACACCGCCUAGUACUUCAUAUUGGGAUUCUGGAGAAGGCUUCGGAUGGUGACAUUUCAAGGCAAUGCGAAACUUUAAUAUCAUUAUCUCGACAGAGAUUCCUUCAAGGAUUUGUGCAUGAAUUCCUCCAAGACGCCAAAAAUUCUUCGAAGAAUUCCUCCAGAAAUUUCUCCAAGAUGCCUCCAGGGAUUUCCAAAAACUCCUCUACAUAUUUCUCCAGAAAAUCCUAAAGAAAUUUCUCCCGGAACCCUUCCUAGAAUUCGUCGAAGAAUUCCGCGAGCAAUUCCUCUAGGGAAUCCUCCAGGAAUUUCUCCAGGAUUUUUUACAGGAAUUUCUUCAGGAAUUCCUCCAGGUAUUCAUUAAUGAAUUUCUUCUGGAAUUCCUCAAAAUAAAUCUCCAGAAAUUCCUCGAGAAGUUCCCUCAGAAAUUCCUCCAGUAAUUUCUCUGGGAAGCCUCAUAUAUUUCUCCAGAAAUGCCUCAAAUAAUUCCUCCAGUGAAUACUCCAGAAAUUCCUCAUGAAAUUUCUUCUAGGAAAAAUCCUCUAGGAAUGUCUGCCAGAUUUCCUCCAAUAUUUUCUCCAGGGAUUCCUCCAGCAAUUGUUCCACGGAUUCCUCCAAAAAUCCUAAAGGAAUUACGGAUGUCUUCCAGAAAUUCCUCCUGGAAUUCCUCGAGAAAUUCCUUCUGGAAUUGCUCGGGAAAUUCCUGCAGGGGUUCCUCCAUGGAUUUUUCCAGAAAAUUAUCCAGGAAACUCUCAAGGAAUUUCUUCAGGAAUUCCUCCGAGGAUUCAUCCAUGAAUUUCUUCAGAUAAUCCUUGUAAAAUUCCUUCAGAAAUUCCUCCAGAAAUUGUUUCAGUAAUUUCUCGAGGAAGAACUACAGGAAUUCCUUCUGAAAUUCUUACAGGAAUUCCUCCAAGGAUGCCUUCAGAAAAUCCGCUAGGAAUUUCUGCUAGAACUGCUCUAGAGAAUCCUAAAGGAAUGUCUCCCGGAACUUUUCCAAGAAUUUCUGGGAUUCAUUAAAAAAUUUCUUCAGAAAUUCAUCAAAAAAAAUCUCCAAAAAUUCCUCCAGAAGUUGCUUUAGACAUUCCUCCAGAAAUUUCUCCAGGAAGACUAAUAUAUAUUUUUCCAGAAAUUCUUCAAAUAAUUCCUCCAGGAAUUCCUCUAGUAAAUACUCUAAGAAUUCCUCCUGAAAAUUCUUCUAGGAAAAAUGUUUUAGAAAUGUCUGCCAGAAUUUCUGCAGUAUUUCCUCCAGGGAUUCCUCUAGGAAUAGCUCCACAGAUUCCUCCAAAAAAUCCUAAAGAAAUUUCUCACGGAACUCUUCCAGGAAUUCCUCGAGAAAUUCCUCCAGGAAGUUCUCAAGAAUUUCUCUAAGGAUUUCUUAAGGAAUUCUUCAAGUAUUCCUCCAGAAAAUCCUCCGCGGAUUUCACCAGGAAUUCCUUCUGGUAGCCUAAAAUAUUUCUCCAAAAAUACUUCAAAGAAUUCCUUCGGGAAUACAUCCAGGAAUUCCUCCAAAAAAUCCUUCAGAAUUUCUUUUUGAAAUACCUUCUGGAAUUUCUACAGGGAUUCCUAAAGGAAUUCCAAAGAAAUUUCUAGGAAUUCUAAAGAAAUUUCUAGCGGCACUCUUCCAGGAAUUACUCCAGGAAUUCAUCGAGAAAUUCCUCCAGGAAUUCCUCCAUGGAGUUCCACAGGUAUUUGUUCAGGAUGUUUUUUUUAAAUUUCACCAGCAAUUUCUCCUGGGAUAACUCCAGGAAUUUCUUUAGGUAUUCCUCCAGAAAAUCUUACCAUAAUAAUUUUUCUGAGCACUUUUUCCAUUACAGUCAACUUUCGUUCGUUGCACUAAACUCGUAGCCCAGUUAGUGAAAGACUUUCACUAGGUGGGCUGAGUUUUGAGCUGCCAAAUAAUCUCUAACGAUAGAGAUUCAGGGCUACCAACCUUGACAAAUCAUGCUUCUCGUCAAAAAGUGAUGUUUAACUUCGUUUUAACUGGGCUAUCCUAACGGGCGCCCAGUUAAAACGUAGCCCACCUAAACGUAGCCCAACGACCGAAAGUUGACUGUACUUAACAAAAUAUACGAACUUGUGUUUUGUUUCAAUUUUAUAUCUUUUUAGGCAACCUCGUCAAUGAUAUCUCGUUGUGGGAUUUAAGCGCAGAAGACCUCACGAUGAUGGAUAUAACAGAAGUUGGCCCACGCCGGAUCAUCCUUAAUUUUAUUGAUCGUAACCGUGAGUUUGCUGAAAGCCAGGACGAGAAUGUUGCGAAUAACGAUCAAAACGAAUCUCUGCACGAGUUAAGAGCGGAAUCAGUUCGAUCUGUUCUUGAAAAAAAUGGAAAAUUCCUGAAGACUCUGACGAAAGAGCUGGACUGUGGAUCGGUUCCUAACUCUAAGAAGCUGCUUCAGAUGAACCGCAUACUAACCGAUCAUUUCUUUGGUGAUAUGAUAUUUCACGGAAAGAGGUAUCCCUCGCGCCAUGAAAAGCAGCAGCUGGCUGUACGAAUCCUGGAAGAAUUUCCCCAUUUGAAAAACACUCGUGUUUCGGAAAAUGCACCGGCUGAGUCAUACUUCUUUUGGAUUCACGGCGGAUUGGUCACCGGCUGUCACACAGGACUGAUCGAAACAAGGGUAGCAAAUAUGCGUAAAGACGUACCACCCGAGGACCGCAAGUUUCGACGCGGGAAGAAAAAGCACAUAGUCGUUACUGAUGACCACAUCAAUAUUGCCGCCCAUAUUUCUGCUCUGAGUCCAACUCCUACAAAUGCUAAGGCAAUCGCUGAUGGCAUGGCUCAAGUCCACGAUUUGCAUGAGUCAAUGUUGCAAAAAAAGGCUGAAAGCAAAUUCCAUAACAUCAUCAAGACGUUGCCACACUUUCUCUCUUAUGAGGGUGAAAUGAUCCUUCAGGCAUACAAUCGGCUCAACGAGGAACCAGCGGAUGGACCUUCUUUAAACACGGUGCUCCGCAUGGGGUUAUUGUGCGACAAGACUAGCUGUUCCGAGGUCGAAGAUGAUGUUAUCAGAGGAGCAUUGAGGCUUCUGAAGGUGUUGUCGAACAAGGGCGUGAAACGAUCUUCGUCUUUACAAAAUGCUACCCUCGGAGAACUGGCUGCAGAACCCCUAAUUAGGUGGAUCACCUUCACUGAGACGCAACCAGGAUUCGACGAGCUGCUGGCGGUUAAGCAGUCGCAAACAGUAUCUGGAGAACCGCAUAUGAUCUGCGUUGCCGAACGCUUCAAGAAGGGAAAUUAUUAUUUCGUUAUUGAUAGAACUGUUGUGCCCUGCGGAAACUCGUCCGUUAGAGCAGUUGAAAUCUUUUUCAAAUCAUUUCGUGUCUUCGGAGUGAAAGUACCAGUUUUGUUGCGAAAACUUGAUUCAAUCAUCGCAACAAAUGUAUGGCGAACCGCAAACAGCAGCAAAUACAAAGCUGUUACAGAUUUGACCCAGCGGUUUGAGGAAUUUCUCAAUAAUCCCGAAACUUGAAUUGAAACAUGAGGGACAUUUUCAUUGUUAUAAUGAAUUUCUUGUUUUGUUACAAUUUUCAACUGACUCAUCAAAACUUAUGUUGUUAAUGCAUUUGUACUCAAUGGUAUUGAAACUGUAAAAUAAACAUAAAAACAAAAACAUUAAUCCGUCUACCUAGUAUGUAAGAUAUUUCAAAUUAUGUCUUUUAUUUUCAAUAAGGAAACCUGUAUGAAACUGUGAUGGCUAUAGUUAAUGAUGCUGUUGAUUGAUUUACGAAGUCGUUUGCCUUAGAAAUGGAUGUACACAAAAUUAGGUCAAUUUGUAGAAAAUUAUAUGAGUUAUAGUGAAAAAGUGCCACCAAAAAAUAAAUGAUGCCCAACUGGUCGUAUACCAGUUGGGCCAUUUUUUUCAUUAAAAAUUCAAUGCCAACUCAAAAUUCCCGAGAAGAGGGGCUACAAAACUUUCUAAUCUACAAUAAACACCGUAUCCCACUUCCAAAACCUGCUCGAGUUUUAUAAAGCGCUUCCGAAUUCACUCUUAGUGAAGCUUGUUUAACUACACGCAACACUUUACUAAACGAUAAAUCAUUUAUUUCAUUAGAUUUUGACAAAAAUGAUGAAAAAAUGCAUUUUUCUUGGUGGAUAAAUUUUACCCAAAGGUAGGUAUAUUUUACUAUCUUUAAACUUUUUUUCGAGCGAUCAAAUUUACCCAUCGGAGACUAUCGGCAGUUUACUCAAAAUUAGGUAAAUCCACUUAUACCCAAAAUUGGCUUAUUGGGCCGUAGUGCGGUGUUGAGUCAAAACAACCCAAAAUUGAGUAAAAUCGGUUUUCCGUGUACUACUCUUUUUACUAAAUGCACAUUGUACAUAUGCCAUCAGAUUUUCAAUAUGAAAAACAAAUAAUCUAUAUAUAUAAAAAUGAGUUUGAAGUUCCUUUGAGGCAACAAAACUCAAGAACGGAUAAACCGAUCAGCAUGACUCUUGCAUGGUUUGAUUCGUAUUCAUGGUGGCUGUAAAAAAAGUUACGAAAAAUAACUGAAAAAGUAAGAAAAUUGAUAAAGUACUGCUUUUUAUGACCGGGGAAGAAAACCGACACGAUCGAAAUGAAACCAAUCUAGAGUGCCAUGCUGCAAUGACCUUGACAAUUGUCAAACCACCACAACUUGGCAAGACAAAGUUUGCCGGGACAGCUAGUUGGGUAUAAUUUAUUUAAGUCUGACCGGUCAACCAGGGAGAGAUUUUCGAUAUUUAUCGAUAUCGAUUUGUUUUGAAUCGAUGGUGAAGUCAAAAACAACUAAAUGUGAAAAAAGGAUCGAAGUAGUCUGUGCGCGUGUGUUGACGUGUCGAAAAUUUCGGCAGCCAGUUUUUUCGCGUCCGUCAUUUUCUACUCAACUUGAAGAUAUUAGAUUUGGCUGAAUUAAAAUUUUAAUGCUGCUGCGGAUCGGCGUCAACGGCAAACUGCAAGGUUCCCGACCAAUUGGAAAGCUUAACUCUGAAGUUCAACAAUCUCUAUUCCUGGGAGGAAAUUUUCCAGUUGAGACCGGUAAUACCCCCUGCUGAGACGACAUGGCCUGUUGAGGAAGAAGGAAGAAGGUCUCAUCAUAAGAAAAUGGAAUUUUUGGAAGCAAUCAGCAGAAAAAUGAUCCAGUUUGGUGAGAUCUAGCCAUUUUAUUAGUAUAACUAAUUAUUACUUUCAGAUCUAUUCAGGUAAAUGAAAAUUUCAAUAACCUACUAUAUUCGUAAAUAUGCCAAAAGUUUGCUUUCUCGCCAAGGAAAGCGUCCCAUAAAUUCCUAUCCAAAAUCCAACUCCAGAUAUCUAUGAAGUGGGCCAAGUUCUUGGACAUAUUCUGAGUAGAUAUCUAAUCAACAUUUCCUCCCCAUCCCCGCUGAUCGUAAGGACCUGGCCAGGUGUCGAGGUCGUUCAAUGAAAGGUUUGUCAAGUCCCAGGCAUCUUUUCUGGCGCAUUGAACGUCUCUAUCGACAGCCACCCCAGGAUGUGUACGGUCGGCUAUGCUAUGCUAUGCUAUGCUAUAUCGAUUUGUUUUGAAUCGAUGGUGAUCGCUAUCGUCAGAUAAAGCACUAUAAAGCAAAUCCCAAGGGAAAUCCGAAUCUAGUUGAUAGGGAGAUGUCGAACAAAGAGUUCGUCAAAUGAAAGAUUUGUCAAGUCCCAAGCAAUUUACUCAUCGGAUUUGUUAAGAAAUUUUGGCCAAAAUUAGUCGAAAAUCAGGACAUGUCCUGCUAAAUCAGGACGGAUGGUAACCCUAAUUCCUCCAGGGAUUUCUUCGGCAAAUUGUCCAGAAGCUCCUCCUGGAGCCCCCUGGUGUUCUCUAUAGAAAUCUUCCGGGAGUUAUUUCUGGGAUCCUGCAGAAGUUCCUUCAAAAAUCAUCAAGAAUUUCUUUGUCUGAAUCAUUCAUAAAUUCCGUGUGUGAAUUCUUCACAAUUUCCUUCUAGGAGUCCUCGUGCACGUAACUACAGCGGUUUGCUCCCUCCAAUACCAAUACCGUGCACGCAGGCUAGAGUACAUAACGAGCAUGCACGACAUUGAAGCUUAGGGGACAAAUGCGCAGUAGUUACGCACAUAGAAAUCCUGCAGAAACUCUUUCAAGAGCUCUUUGUGGCAGAGAUGUCCAUAUCCUCAGUGUGGGAAAGAGAAAUAGAAAAUACACCACUCACGCUGUGCAUCUGAACAGGAGCCCUUCUCUUAUAUGUGGAUCCACCACUGCGAUUCGGAUGCACGCAAGCUUGGUGGGUAGAAAUAAAUCUCCCUGAGCACUAGGCCACACAACAGUGCGGCGAGAGCGAUUUCAGAUUCUCUUCGGUGAAAGUGUAAAAAAUCACCCGGGUGCGCGCUCCAGUGAGGUUUUUGCGCCAGAGUGCGCGCUGCGGUGAAACGCCGGAGAGUUCUCGCCCCGGCGACACCAUGGUGAUAAUUCGGUGACUGCUGGGUGAAAACACGGGAGAGCGCCGGAGAGCGAUGCGCGCGAAAGAGUGAGCCACACUCGAUCCAAGGCGGACGAGCAAGAGCACGCACUAGCGCUUGGUCUACCUACCACCCAAAACAAGAGAAACUGGCUUCUU